CAUGGGCUCCCGGCAGUGUGGAAGCUGCCUGAGUUGCCUGCUGAUUCCACUCGCACUCUGGAGUAUAAUUGUGAAUGUUUUAUUGUAUUUCCCAAAUGGACAAACUUCCUAUGCGUCCAGCAAUAAGCUCGCCAGCUACGUGUGGUAUUUUGAAGGCAUCUGUUUCUCAGGUGUCAUGAUGCUCGUAGUGGCAGUGAUUCUUCUUGUGUUGGAGAACAAAAACAGCUGUAAGUGUUGCCAGAGUGAAAACUGCAGCAAGAAAUACAUGGCACUGCUGUCAAUCAUCUUCUCUGCCCUUGGAAUUGCCUCCUCGGGAUAUUGCCUGGUCAUAUCUGCUUUGGGUCUUGUCCAGGGCCCAUACUGCCGCACCAUUGAUGGUUGGGAGUAUGCCUUUGAAAGCACCAGAGGACGCUUCCUUAUAGAUCCCAGCGUGUGGAUAGAGUGCCUGGAACCUGUACAUGUGGUGGAAUGGAACAUCAUUUUAUUUUCCAUCCUUAUAGCCCUCAGUGGGCUGCAAGUGAUCAUCUGCCUCAUCAGAGUGGUCAUGCAGCUCUCUAAGAUGCUGUGCAGCACUUACUCAGUCAUCAUUCAGUUUUCAAACUCCUCACCCUUCUACAUCGCAGAGAUCGCAUAG